GUGUUCUGCAACUCCAAAUCUCCAAUCCAAUCCAUUUUUACUUGUUCGUUGAUGGAAGAAGUAUGCAUUCUAUUUACGUUAAUACCCCUGUGUAACACUUAUCAUAGCUGAUGUUUACUGAUUAAUAUUCAAUACCGACAUAAGAAGUCGUCAACUGUCGCCGUCAGGCUGUGGAUUUUUCCUCCCACCAUCCUCAGUUGCCUUUCGCGUUUCUGAUUUUAGGAGUUGACUAAGGUUUACACUUACACGUCGCAGAUAAUAGUUUCAUUAAAAAAUUAUGCAGAGUUGAAUCGGUUUAUUUGUUAGUCUGUCUGAAGAUAAUGCGAAGGAAAGAAGGAAAAAGAUCCAAGUGGGGGAAAUCGUGGAUUGAAUUUCUUCUCCCCAUUCACGGAUUUCUUCACCUUUGUCAUCAUCCUAUUCCCCCUGUUUUGUCCUUACCAUCGCAGUCAAAUCCUAUUGCUCAAAGGUCUGUUUUUUAAGUUCUUUCAUGCGAGGUGCGAGGGGCUUCUACUAUUCGGAACAUUUACCAUCUCCAAGAUCCCUCUUCAUCUCUCUCUCAUUCUUCUCCCUUCUUCUUCUUCGUACGAUCGUAUCACCAUGUCUUCGCGGUGUUCGUUUAUUUUCUGUGUCUUCUUCUUCUUCUUCUCGUUAUUCAUAAGUCUUUCUGUUUCGAACCCAAGAGCUACGAUGGCGGGUCUUGUAUGUUCCAACGAUACCGCAUCACCGGCCGAGCGCCAGACCUUCGUUAAUAACUUUGUGUCGGCCAUGGACGCUGUUACCCCCCAAGUCACUUCCCGUAGAUAUGCCAGAGUUGUUACUGGGUCUGGAAACACCACGGUGUACUCCUUUGGUCAGUGCAUGAAAGAUCUCUCGCAGACAGACUGCGACCUCUGUUUCGCCCAGUGCAAGACCCAGAUCCCUAAGUGUGUCCCCUUCCAAAAAGCGACUCGAGGUGGCAGAGUCUUCUUUGAUGGCUGUUAUCUAAGGUAUGACGAGUAUGAUUACUUCAGCGAAGCUUUGAGCCCUGAGGACCGGACUGUUUGUGGGAACCAAAGUUUCGCCGGAAAUCGGGUAGCUUUCAGGGCGAACGCCAUCCAGCUCGUGAAGAAUCUGAGUGCCCAAGCACCCAACAAUGGUGGUUUCUUCGUUGGGUACGUGGAUCGGGGCAACUCCACUGCGUACGGAUUAGCGCAAUGCUGGGAGUAUUUGAAUGCGAGCUCCUGCAGUAGUUGUUUAAGAAAUGGGGUCUCAAGGAUUGUUUCUUGCCUGCCAAAUGGUGAAGGAAGGGUUUUGAACUCUGGGUGCUAUAUGAGGUAUUCGACGCAGAAAUUUUAUGACAAUUCAACGAGCGAUGCAGCCGGAGGAGGAAGGAGGGUUCUGGAAUUUCUAAUUGAGAUUUCAGACAAUCUCAGUCAUG